CGGAACAAAUUAUUAGCUCUACAGUGUACCCGAUUCCAGACGAAGUAUUACAGGGUUGGGCCCACCUCAUAGGGCGCUUUCUGCAAUAAGAUUUUUCUAUAACUUAGAGGCAGUGAGCUCUCUCGGAAAAUCGCACAAACAACUGGUCAAGUUAGGAACUUCGGGCUUCAGAAAGCACCAAUUCAUACCAUCUCAUGAACUUCGAAAUGACAUACUUAAGGAUCAAUCUCAAACCAGUGAAAUACGGGAAUUAAAAACAACUGGGACGCUGUUGGCUCAGAUACGCUGCCUAUUUAAGUAGGUCUUGCAAUGGUUGUUCCAUCCGCGCACGCUGCAGUGUCUUGUCAUGUCACGGGAUCUGUCAUCAGUUCAUCACGGUGCGGUGGCAUCAUGAUUUUGACUUCCAUCCGCUUAGAUCUCGGCGAUUUUGACGCACCCAGAUAUUUGAUAUCCUCUACUUUCCACCCCUUUACGGAGCCUGCCGAUGCGGCGAGCCCCUGACUCGAUCACGACUACAAGAUUGUCAGCCGAGUUCCCAUCAGCAUCUCUGCGCGACAUGUCGACGGACACAGAGGAGUUUUCCCACACGUCUGCAAGCAACGCUAUUGGCUCGGCUCCACAUCGCGUUCUGCAGGGCCCAUCGGCGUUCAGUCAGUCAACUGACGCUCCGGUAGCCACGCCGCUAUUCCUUUUGGCUUUUCCUUGCGUUCCAUCCACGUUUGUCCAACCUUCCUUGACAACGAGGAACCACCACCACACCACCAUUUGCUCGUACCACCAUGGACUCCUCUUCCUCUCCCACACCCGCGUCAACGCUCACCUUCGACUCGGCGCAGAUACUCCAAACGAUUGUGCGCGACGCGCAGGACCAGCAGGUCGAGUACAAUGUGCAAACGACUACCGCGAACGGGCGCGGUGUGGACAAGAAGCGGUGGAUGACGUUCGUCGAGGUGGAGGGCGUGGCCACGGCUGCGAUCGACUGGCGAGAGAAAACAUUCGAGAUCUCAGGGACGCGAUGUGCCCUGUCCAAGAUGAGGCGGAAACGGUCAGCGUUUGCGAGCUCGCGAUACUGGACGUGGUUUGACUGUGAGGAGUACAAAGUCAAGUACGAGGCUGAGGCGGUCAAUACAUGGACUGUCUACUCAUACACUGGCUCCGUGCUGGCGACGUUUUCCGCCUCGACAUCACGGUUAUUCCGCGGAAAAACGAACCCCAUUCUGACGUUAUCUUCGAGCGUUAGCGACGAGGAAGAACGGCAAUUCAUCUUGCUAGUAUUGUUAUACUCCGAGACCAGGAGAAUGGAAGGUCUCAAAAAGGAGCGAGGACGCCGCCUAGUGGAUCUCUUGAACAAAGGUGGUCCGUGAGCACUACGCCUUGGAGUGCCAAGACAGAUCACUUGGUUCUGGACAUGGGCGGCACGUCCGACGCUUCGACUUCUAUUCAACACAUACUCUCAUCUUGUAUCUUUCGGGCCGAACUUAAUUUCGCUGGUGCGACUGCACAAAGGCGGGUGUCGUGGGCUGCAGGAACGGCGACGCUCCACCCUGCUGGGGUGCAGGACCCUGCCACGACGUCGUGCGCUGGCGAGUAGGAACCUGGUCCGCCCACUGCACGGUUGUGGCCCUAGGGAGCGGUGUGUCGGACGGAGCGAGCGGUGUGUAGCCGAGGUACGGGGAGGACGAGAGGAACGGGGACGGUGGCAGGAAGGGAGACGGGCCGCCGUGCGGGGACGGGUAGAAGUUGCACGGCGGAAGUGCCGCGGCACCUGCCGCGAGCGGAGAUGACGGAUCCUCUUCAGGGACGUAUACGAAGGGUCCGGACAUGUCGGAAAGCGUUAUCAGAGUGGGAGGGCAAGUUCUAGCGGUGCGAUAGAAUGUGGGGGGGAGGAGAGAGCGAUCUUUGGGAUCCUCUAGAUCUGUCGCAUUUAUGAGUACGGUUCAAUCAGAGCGGAUUGUCGAGUGCUGUGCUCCAAGUCACGUCGGUGGCGGUAAGCACAGUGCCGGGAGGUGACGUCCACGUCCCGAAUCCUUCUGUCAAGUACUCUCCGUGGCUGUCGUAGAAAAUCGCAGUUAGAGCGGGAGUGAGGGUGGAAGACGAGCAACUUGGGAAAUGACGGGCAGCGAGUCAAUUUUCGUAUCGCCGUCGGCGCUCAUCAGAUCAUUAUCAGUCGCUUGAAAAAAAUGUGAUCAGAUUAGAUUAGAUAGUACGAGAUCCGCGAUGUCUUCCAAAGAUCGAUAAAUUUUCUCAGCGUUCUUU